ACCCCUUCAUCACCACCAUCACAACACUCUCAGAAAGAGUGAGCAAUGGCAGCCAUGCGGUUUGGUUGGGCGGCAGCACUGGCCUUGGUGGUGUGCGUUGCAGUGGUGGCGGAGGCGUCCAUUUACAGGACGACUGUGACCACCACCACCGAGGAGGAGGUGUUUAAGGGUGGGAAUUUUGGGGAGGGAGAGAGGGAGCAGUGCAAGCAGGAGAGGAAAAGCCUAGAAUCAUGCAGGCGCUUCAUCCAGACCGGGAGGCCUGAGUUAACUCUCUUUCCUUACCAGAGGGAUGCUCCGCGAAGGUGCUGCGAGAAAUUGGAGAACAUUAGGGAGGAGUGCAGGUGCGAGCAGAUAAGGCAGAUGGCUAGGAGUCUCAUGUCAGAAGCAGGGCAGGGAGAGCAGCAGCAGAUUAUCGAACGUGCCGAGCAACUUCCACAAAUCUGUGGCAUCUCUCAGCAGCGCUGCUCCAUCAGUUCAUUUUCCAUGGCCGCAUAGAGAGCGUUGUUGAGCGGGGCUUGUGAAUAAAUAAGAGGAGGCCCAGACGCUGCUGAUAUGAGCAGAGAGUAAAUAAGAAACACACGAUCGUGUGGCGGUUGUUUAUGACUGAUAAUGAAUGAGGAUGAAACUUUUUCCGCUUCUGCAUGUUU